AUGGUAGAUAUUCGUGAAGGCGACUUGAUUAUUUCCGCCGCCCGUCGCAUUUCUUCUCCGGUCAAUUGGGAUGGCAUCUUCAGCGCGCUUGGUCUCGUCACUGCGACGAACUGCACUCUCUUCUCGCGCCGCAUCACGCUAUCAAUAUUUGCGACCAACAAGUCAAACGAAAAUGGCGGAGUGAAAGGCCCGACCGCGUCGUCAAAAUCCAUCAAGUUCACUUCCGAGUCAUACCCGCAUCUUCAAAGAGACUCCAAAUUCGCCAAAGUCAGCGAGGAGCAUGUAAAAUAUUUUCGAGAGCUUCUAGGUUCCGAUUCGGCCAUCAUAGAUGGCGUGUCGAAAGAUGCAUCCGAUGAUAUUGAAGCCUUCAACAGCGACUGGAUGCGCAAGUUCCGUGGCCACACCAAACUAGUCUUGAAGCCCAGUUCUACGGAAGAAGUCAGCAAGAUCCUCAAAUACUGCAAUGACAACAUGCUCGCCGUAGUACCUCAGGGCGGUAACACUGGACUUGUCGGUGGCUCUGUGCCUGUGUUUGACGAGAUUGUGAUCAACAUGCAGAGGAUGAACGAAAUCAGGUCCUUUGAUGAAGUAUCCGGUAUCCUCGUCGCUGAUGCUGGUGUGAUCUUAGAGAACGCCGACAACUUCCUCGCCGAAAAGAAUCAUAUCUUCCCAUUGGAUCUCGGCGCUAAGGGCUCUGCCUACAUUGGUGGCAAUGUCGCGACAAAUGCCGGUGGUCUCCGUCUCUUGCGGUACGGUAGCUUCCACGGAAACGUCCUAGGCAUUGAGGCAGUCCUACCGGAUGGUACCAUUGUAGAUGACCUUUCCACGCUCCGGAAAAACAACACUGGUUACGACCUGAAGCAACUGUUCAUCGGCGGAGAAGGCACUAUCGGCAUCAUCACCAAGGUCUCAAUUAUCUGCCCGAGAAGGUCACCCGCCGUCAACGUCGCGUACUUCGGAUUGGAAAGUUACGAGCAGGUCCAGAAGGCGUACAUCGAGGCGAAAGGGCACUUAUCUGAGAUUCUAUCAGCCUUUGAGCUGAUGGACGGUCGCACACAAAAGCUGGUCAACAGGGUCACCGGUAAAAAGAUGCCCCUAGAGGGCGAGCAUCCAUUUUACUGCCUGAUUGAGACCAGCGGCUCUAACGCCGAACAUGACGGCGAGAAAUUGCAAGCAUUCCUUGAACAUGUGAUGGAAACUGAAGUCGUCUCCGAUGGUGUUCUCGCCGAAAACCAAACUCAGAUUCAGGAGCUCUGGUCAUGGCGCGAAGGCAUCACCGAGUGCCUUGGUCACGAUGGAGGUGUCUACAAGUACGACUUGUCGAUACCCAUCGCUGAGCUCUAUGAUCUGGUCAACGAGACCCGCGAUCGCUUGACAGAGGCUGGCCUGCUUGGCAACGACUCCUCGCACCCCGUAGUUGACGUCGUUGGAUACGGUCACAUGGGCGAUGCCAACUUGCACCUCAACAUCCCAGUCAGGAAGUUUGACAAGGCUGUAGAGAAGAAGCUCGAGCCAUUUGUUUACGAGUGGGUACAAAGGCGUAAUGGCAGCAUCAGUGCCGAGCAUGGCUUGGGAGUGACGAAGAAGCCAUAUAUUGGAUACAGUAAGAGUGAAACCAUGAUCAAGCUGAUGAAGCAAAUCAAGGAUCUAUACGACCCCAACGGCAUCAUGAACCCGUACAAGUACAUAUAG